AUGGCCUCGUCACUCUCACCAGAGCAAAUCUCUGCCUACGUCCAACAUAUUGGAUUACCUACCAAAUACCACCCAACCAAUGAUCCCCCACACGACCUCGCCUUCCUGACACAGCUGCACGUGCACACAAUAUCUACGAUUCCCUAUGAUAACUUAACACUACACUACUCGGCAAGCAAAAAGAUCUCAAUUCACCCCCAGGAUGCAUUUAAAAAGGUCAUAAACGAAAACCGUGGCCGUGGAGGUUACUGCAUGGAAAACUCCAUUCUAUUCUUCCAUGUGCUCCGCGCCCUCGGCUUCAACGCCUACAUGGCCGGCGUCCGGAUCCGCCUUCGAGAAAAUGGAAUCCCUGCUGGGGACUACAUUGGCUGGGUGCACCUCGUGAACAUCGUAACCCUCCCCAGCGGCGAAAGAUACAUGCUCGACGUCGGUUUCGGCGGCGACGCACCCACGACCCCCAUCCCGCUCAUCCACAACCACGUCACGACGAACAUCUUUCCGCAAGAGAACCGUCUGGUCUACGACCACAUCCCGCAGCAGGUGUCGCAGACGCCCGAGACGAAGCUCUGGAUCUACCAGUAUCGCAACGGUGCGGACAAGGAGUGGAAUUCGUUCUAUGCGUUUCCCCUCCUAGAGUUCCUCGAAGCUGACUUUGAGAUCAUGAAUUGGUAUACCGGAAGCAAUCCUGAAUCAUUCCAGACGUAUACGAUGCUGGUUAUCAAGUUUCUGCGGAGGCAGAAGGAGGGUGGGGAGGAGGGCGAGAUGGAGGUAUACGGGAAGAGGAUGUUGGUUAAUGGAGUGGUGAAGGAGAAUACCGGUGGAAAGACCAAAGUCGUACAGGAGUGCAAGACCGAGGAGGAGAGAUACGAAGCACUAGAGAAGUGGUUUGGGAUAAAGUUGAGUGAGGAGGAAAAGAAGGGAAUUGCGGGGCAUUCUACGGAACUGAUUGCGCUCCCGUGA